AUGGUGAAAGUCGUGAUCUUGGUCGCCGGAAAGCGGAAGAGCGGCAAGGAUUUUGUCAGUGGACGAAUCCAAGACAUCUUGAGCAGACAGUGUGGCGUGGAGAUGGGCAGCGUCAGCCAAGGCUUGAAAAAGGAGUACGCAAGGCUACACGGGUUGAACUACGAAGAACUCUUGACCGAUGGGCCAUACAAGGAGGAGUAUCGCAAGGAUAUGAUCCGAUGGGGUGAAGAGCAACGGGCGAAGGACCCACAUAUAUUUUGUAGGGAAACAUUGCGGACCGAGUCUUCAGCUGCCGAUGUACUGAUAAUUACGGACUGUCGCCGGGAAACGGAUAUGCAGUUCUACAAAUCUUUGCCAGAUACGCUAGCCAUCACUGUUCGCAUAAGCUGCUCCACAAUAGAACGAGUUAAACGAGGCUUCGAAUACAACAGCGUCAUUGACGAUAGCCAAUCAGAGUGCGGUCUCGACAAUUAUCCCUUCGACUUCUACAUCGACAACUCUGGCGAUGCCGAUUUGCUUGCUGGUUCUCUUGAACAAUUGACAGUACGGGUCUUUGCAGCGCUG